AAUGUGUACACUGUGUGACAGGUUGGGUUUGGAAGGGGCGGGGCUAUUAUGGAGGUGGAGCCAUUUCAGCAAAUUGCACGGUGACAGGAGGGACUGGGGGAAGGGCUAGAGACGGAUAGGAAGGAGAGAAUUAGCAGGUGUAUCGGAGCGGCUUGAAGAGGAGCAAAUGGAUUUGGAUUGCUGCAGCCCAUAGAGACGGGGAAGUGCCUAGGCAGACUUGUGCGGAGCGGAAGGAGCAGUUGCUGAGCAGUAACGCUAACAUGGAGUCCGCAGCGCUGAAUGGAAACAGGAAAAUGUGACAGUGAGAAGGGGAGGGGAAGGAGGAAGGAAGGGGAGGGAAGAGGAGCUUGUGGCAGGCUGCUGUCACUUCCAGUGCAGCACAGGCAGGAGACAGGGAUACUCUCACACAGCCGAAGAGCCAGACUGGCUACAUCUGUACCGACACCCGGGCAGGGGGCCCCUGUUUGCCCUUCCCCGCUGAGGACAGAAGCGUCGCUGUUAGGCUGACGGGCAUUGCGACUUGCUGGAUGUGUGAGCCUUAAACAGAACCACCAGUGGAUUUAUUCUUUUGCCUUCUUAACCUGUCCAGAGUCAAUGCCCCAGCCUGUGCCCCCAUUGCUUUUCUAGCUGGAUGACUGCUGUCCUACAUUGGGCACCGCGAUAGAAACCAUCAGUUCCCGACCCCUGUUACCCCCCUGCCUCUUAUCUGCUCCUCCCCCAAACUGAUCACCUGCAGCGCCCCUCUCCCUGUCAUAUUCGCACCUUCCCUCCCCCUCAGCCUCUGGGGCCAGGACCCUACCACCGUGUGUGUGUGUGUGGGGUGCCCAUCAGGAAAAGCAAAGGGAGGAGAGGCAAAGGAAAGGUGGGGGGUGAGAGGAGAGAGGGAUCUGGAGGAGGAGGAGGUGGCGGUGGUGGAAGAAGAGGCAGAGAAGGGAAGCGGUGACCAUGAAGAAAUUUAACCCCAUCAGGAAGGUGCUGGAUGGCCUGACGGCCGUUUCCUACUCCUCUUCUUCAUCUUCUUCUUCUUCAUGCCAGCCCGGGAUCAGAGAUCUAGAGAUUACAGAGACCCUCCAGUCCGAGCACUUCCAGCUGUGCAAGACUGUCCGCCAUGGAUUCCCUUAUCAGCCAUCAGCCUUGGCAUUUGAUCCAGUGCAGAAGAUCCUUGCAAUAGGGACUCAGACUGGUGCUCUGAGGCUAUUCGGUCGGCCAGGAGUUGAAUGCUAUUGUCAGCAUGACAGUGGAGCUGCAGUAAUACAGCUUCAGUUCCUGAUUAAUGAGGGAGCUCUAGUGAGUGCCUUGACGGAUGACACUUUACAUUUAUGGAACCUGCGACAGAAGAGACCUGCUAUACUGCAUUCCCUAAAAUUUAGUAGAGAAAGGAUAACAUUUUGCCACCUGCCUUUCCAGAGCAAAUGGCUCUACGUGGGAACAGAACGAGGCAAUAUUCAUAUUGUCAACGUGGAGUCGUUCUCUCUCUCAGGCUACGUCAUCAUGUGGAAUAAAGCCAUUGAACUGUCAUCCAAAUCACAUCCAGGACCAGUUGUCCACAUCAGUGAUAAUCCAAUUGAUGAAGGGAAGCUCCUGAUUGGUUAUGAAUCUGGAAUAGUAGUAUUAUGGGACCUCAAGUCGAAAAAAGCAGACUACAGAUACACCUAUGAUGAGGCUAUUCAUUCUGUUGCUUGGCACCAUGAAGGAAAGCAGUUUAUCUGCAGCCAUUCAGAUGGAACUUUAACCAUAUGGAAUGUACGCUCUCCUGCCAAGUGCAUACAGACAAUCGUGCCGCAUGGUAAACAGAUAAAAGAUGGAAAAAAGCCAGAACCCUGCAAGCCUAUCCUGAAAGUUGAAUAUAAAACAACACGAUACGGGGAUCCUUUUAUCAUCCUUUCGGGUGGCUUAUCAUAUGAUACUGUUGGAAGAAGACCUUGCUUAACUGUAAUGCAUGGGAAAAGCACUGCUGUCCUGGAAAUGGAUUAUCCUAUUGUAGAUUUCCUAACCCUCUGUGAAACUCCCUAUCCAAAUGAUUUCCAGGAACCAUAUGCUGUUGUUGUACUUCUAGAAAAAGAUUUAGUUGUUAUAGAUCUUGCACAAAAUGGAUAUCCUAUAUUUGAAAACCCAUAUCCCCUGAGUAUACACGAGUCUCCUGUCACAUGCUGCGAGUACUUUGCUGACUGCCCUGUGGACCUUAUCCCUGCACUUUACUCAGUUGGGGCCAAGCAAAAGCGACAAGGUUACAGUAAAAAGGAAUGGCCCAUCAGUGGUGGUAAUUGGGGUGUUGGCACGCAAAGUUAUCCUGAAAUAAUUAUCACAGGCCAUGCAGAUGGUUCAAUCAAAUUUUGGGAUGCUUCAGCAAUAACGAUGCAAGUUCUGUACAAGUUGAAGACAGCAAAGGUUUUUGAGAAAUCUCGAAACAAAGACGACAAGCCAAGCACAGACAUUGUAGAUGAAGACCCGUAUGCCAUACAGAUGAUCUCCUGGUGCCCAGAGAGCAGGGUGCUUUGUGUGGCGGGAGUUUCAGCACACAUCAUCAUUUACAGAUUCAGCAAACAGGAAGUUACAACAGAGGUCAUCUCGAUGCUUGAAGUUCGGUUGCUCUAUGAAAUUAAUGAUUUAGAGUCCCCUGAUAUUGAACAAGUGCCAACACCCAGUGGAGGACCCAACUCCCAACCUAUUGUUUUUCAAUCACAUCCAUCCACAAGCAGCAGUUCUUCUGAUGGGAUUCGAGACAACGUUCCCUGUUUAAGAGUAAAAAGCACUGCUUUAAAGCAAUCUGCUGGUUAUCAAGUGGAACUAGUUACACAGCUUGUGUGGGUCAGCGGAGAACCUCCACAGCAAAUAACCAGUCUGGCUAUUAACUCUGCUUACGGGUUAGUUGUUUUUGGCAACUGCAAUGGUAUUGCAAUCGUUGACUACAUCCAGAAGGCUGUGCUCUUGAACCUCAGCACCGUUGAAUUAUAUGGCUCAAAUGAUCCCUAUCAGAGACAGCCACGAUCUCCACGCAAAACACGACAACCCUCAGGAGGUAUGCUGACUGUGGCUUCUUGCAUGUGCGGCCUAUCUAGCUUAUAUUCUGAGUCUGUGAAAAAACAGCGCUUCUCUUACAUAACGGGCCUUUCUGACAUUAAUGAAAGCACGGUGGCAUCAGAGGAUCGCUGUAAAUCCCCUACUUCAGGUUGCACGUCCAAUUCUUCUGAUGACGAACAAACAAAGAGUAAAUUUAUAGAAAAGGUGAAGAUCAAAGGCAGAAGGUUAUCCAAAGCGAUAGUCACUGAUAUAGCAAAGAUGUCAAGAAAGCUAAGCCUACCUACAGAGUUAAAGCCUGAAUUAGUGCCGUUUCUAGAUGUUAGAGACAAUUCCUUCAGUCGGUCCAGGAGCUCCAGUGUGACAAGCAUUGACAAGGAAUCACGGGAAACAAUAUCAUCUCUGCACUUUUGUGAUACAUUCACCAGAAAACCUGACGUGUCAACAUCCCCAUGUUUGUGGGUUGGAACAACGCUGGGUACUGUGUUAGUCAUUGUAUUAAACCUACCACCGGGGGGUGAGCAGAGACUUCUACAGCCUGUAAUUGUGUCUCCAAGCGGAACCGUACUGAGGUUAAAGGGUGCAAUCUUACGAAUGGCAUUUCAUGACACACUCGCAGCUUUAAUUCCAGCAGCAUCUGAAUCCUGGAAGGAACCCAACGUACCUGAAGAUAAGGAUGAUAAGGAUCGAUUGAAAAAACGAAGGCCAGUGUCUGUCUCACCCUCCUCCUCUCAGGAAAUCAGUGAAAACCAAUAUGCAGUGAUAUGUUCUGAAAAGCAAGCAAAGGUGAUCUCUUUGCCCUCCCAAAACUGCAUUUAUAAACACAACAUAACAGAGACUUCUUUUGUUCUACGAGGAGAUAUAGUGUCAAUGACUAAUAGCACCUGCCUUGCAUGUUUCUGUGCCAAUGGACAUAUUAUGACGUUUAGUUUGCCAAGUUUAAGGCCGCUGUUGGAUGUAAAUUACUUGCCACUGACCAACAUGCGGAUAGCCCGAACAUUCUGCUUCACAAACAAUGGACAGGCAUUGUAUCUCGUCUCACCCACAGAAAUCCAGAGAAUUACCUAUAGUCAAGACACCUGCGAGAACUUACAGGAAAUGUUAGGAGAGCUUUUCACCCCAGUUGAAACGCCAGAAGCUCCUAACAGAGGGUUCUUCAAAGGCUUAUUUGGUGGAGGGGCACAGUCACUUGACAGAGAGGAUCUUUUUGGAGAGAGUGCAUCUGGGAAACCACCAAGAAGCCUAGCCCAGCACAUCCCUGGGCCUGGUGGAAUUGAGGGAGUCAAAGGAGCUGCAUCAGGAGUUGUUGGAGAACUAGCUCGUGCCCGGUGGGCCUUGGAUGAAAGAGGGCAGAAAAUAGGGGAGCUGGAGGAAAGAACAACCGCUAUGCUUACCAGUGCAGACUCCUUUUCAAAACAUGCUCAUGAGAUGAUGUUAAAGUAUAAAGAUAAGAAGUGGUAUCAGUUCUGAUGACAAAGAUCCAAAACACAUUGUUUUAAGUGCAUCAAGAAGGAGAGUUUAAACCAAGAGUGCAUCAAUUUUCUCUUCAAUUAUUUCUGCAGGACAGUUGGGAACCAGGGGUGAACGUUCAUAUUUGGUUACAAUUUCCUAGCACAAAUCGUAUACUGUCUUACCUCAGUUUGUGGCUUUAACUGAGGCGCAUUGAAUUAAAACACACAAACUCGGUACUGAGUUGUGAUUUGGUGUGGCAAUGAGUAGAGAGCAGGCAACACAUGAAAAUUUUGAAGGAUAACAUUCCUGUUUUUCUGGAUCCUUGGAUUCAAACAUUGUGAUUGGACCUCUAGUAUUUCACCUAUGUUACAUCUGCUAGGAAAGCUUCAAUCAUUUUCAGUUGUCAAGCCUAAGAAGCAAGACAGAAUCAACACCAACCGCAAAAAUGCCGGAAUCAGCAAAGGGAAUCUCGUCAUCACUUAACAAAAGUGAAGAAAGUCCUUUGAGAUUUCAUGUACGCUUUAUUCAUGCUUUGUUCAGUUCAACACUUCAAUUGUAAAGCCUCCAGCUAGUAUUCGGCAACCUUGCGCCCUGAUCCACAGACGCGCUUGCUGGGUUUACUGCAUUUCUUUUGCAGCUAUGGCUUUGGAAAUAAUGGCCACUGCAUCUAAAACAUAUAUUUCAUAUAAAUCCACUCACCACCUUCAUGAUUUUUUUUUCCAGCAAAUGGGUUUUUCAAUAAAUACUGUAGUCGAAACAUAUAGAGCAUUUGAGCAGAAGGUAUAGGGUUACGUGUCCCGAGGGUAUUGUAACUGUUGCUAGCAAUCUGGUAAAUAGCAAAUCAUAUUUUUCUGUAUGAGAUUUGUAAGUGGCCGACUUUAUUUUUGUCAUGCAUAAAAAUAAUUACUAUUUUGCUUUAUAAGUCAAAUGGCUCUGUAUCAGUUUACCGAGCUGUGUAUAUAGAAUGAGAAGAGAUUACAAUUCAUGUCAUUCCAUGAACACAAACUAUUAAAGGGGGGAAAUGACCUUUUUUUUUUUUAAAGUAGUACUUAUCCAUUUGUUUUACCUCAGGAUAGUUAAAGGGUUAAGCACAUUUUGUGCACAGAGCAUUGUCCAUAUAUCUUGAUUUGCCUUUAUAAACCCUGAAUGAAAGCUGCCAUGUUGUUAAUGUUCAAAUAAGGCAUUUAUAAAGCUCAGUAGAGCGGCACCAUUUAAUGGUCUGUAUACUUGGUAUUGUUCCAUUGAUGUUGGACUCUACCUCUUCCAAGAUAAGCAAAGAAGUGCAUCCCAUUCAUUUGUAGGAAAUGAAAGUUCAGCAGAAAAGGAAUAUUCUGUGCUCAUAAUAAUCUGCCUUUCACCUUAUUAUACCUGGUUAAAGGAAAGGAAAUAGAAGACUAGUACCACUAGUAGUAGAGAAUGUGUUUGAGCACAUGUUCCAGGCAUCUCAAAAGUCCACCCACUAACAAAGGUAUUUAGGAUUUACUCAUGUGCGGUGAGGAAAAUGACUAAAUCAAAAUACCAUAAUUCACUGGUGAAUCCUUUUUAUCAUGUGAGUACCCACUGUAAUACUAAAAUUGCACCCUUAUGGACACAAGUAGUAAACUUUGCAGACAUGAUAAUUCUGCAUGUUUGAUAUUCUGUUUAAAAUCCUUUUUUUCUGCUCACAACCCGCAAUUUGGUCACUUUAUUUAAGAUGUAUUUUGUACAUCUAUACAGGCAUGGGAUCCGUUAUACGGAAGUACAAGAUUACCACGCUUGCACACCCUGGCUCUCCACGAUAAGAUGACCCGGUGCACUGUGAUGGAGGCCUCGGCAACCUCAACAAUACGAA